AUGGAACUGGUUAGGAUUUUCUUUGAGCCAUUAAACUUUACUGGUGCUUGGAAACUAGGGUUACUAGAUGGCAGACAUUUGAUUAUCCAAUUGACAAUAGAGGAGGAUUAUGAUAAACUUUUUGCCAAACAAUCAAUAGUUAUUGGGGGGGCUACCAUGAAACUUUUUAAAUGGACCCCUGGCUUUGAUCCCAGUAAAGAACCUCCUGUGGUUCCACUUUGGAUCAAGCUUCCUGGUCUCCCUAUUCCCUACUUCAAGUUGAAUGCCCUUUUUAACAUUGGAUCUGCUUUAGGGAGACCCCUUAAAGUUGAUUCUCACACUUUUAACAAGUCAAGGCUUGCUCUUGCUAGAAUUCUCAAUGAAAGAGAUAUCGCCUUGUCUGAAGUUAAAAGAGUGUGGGUAGGCUCUGAACAGGAUGGUUUUUGGCAGGAGGUAAUCCUUGAGCAAAGACCUUGCUAUUGUCAACAUUGCAAGAUUUUUGGGCACACUAGGGAUAGGUGCUAUAGGCUAUACCCUCCAAUGAAAAUGAAACAAUCCUCUUUGAAGGAAACUGCCCUCAAUCAACUCCCUGGGGUUAUUGAGGAUGGCAUACAGGAUGAGGAUCAAAACUCCCCAACCCCCUUUACUUCUAUUACUCCUCCUUCUCCUCCUAAGGAAGUGCCAAGGGAGGAACCCAAUAUCAUCACUAUUCUCUCCCCCAUAGUUGGUUCCUCUGAGGAGAGGCUGUAG